ACUUUUCUUUUCAAUUUUAUAGUUCCAAAACAACACCUACAAUGCUCUCACACCAUCGAGCAAUCACAUCUAAAAAAAAGUUAAAUGAAACAAAUUUUUCUGAAAAAGAGACUUGAACGAAAUGAACUUUCAUUUUGUGAUUCGGACUUGUAUCAAACAGAACGUUUUGUAUUCCUCGCACGUUUAUCUUCGAUAUUAAGUAAUUCCCAUCCGAUACAUAUAGUAGAUGUACGACGUCUUGUACCGUAUUACAUUGUUGCUCCUUCCUUCAUUCGCUUAAAUGCAAUAAUUCGUGACAAUUUUUUUCGGUUGUGACUUAAUAAAUUUUCACCCUAUCAUCGUAGUAAUAACCGGAGUGAGUGAGCAUUACUUAGUGUAUAUGAAGUCAUUCAAAACCGGCGAAAACGAAUACGCGAUAAAUUUUAUAAUUUUGUGACAAUGGAAGAUCUCAAAUAUAUUUAGAGUUUGAAUUGUGAUUUUGUGCAGCACUACAAUACCCCGGGUAGAACGUGUUGAACUUUGGUAAAAAUGCAAUAAAUGUAAUUUACGUUUAUGGUUGUCAUAUUUUACGAAAUGUUUUAAAAGAAAAGGAAGACUGACUUUCGGGAUAGCUUAAAUUAUAUGUAUAUCUGCUGUGUGUGUUUCAAGUAAUAUAAUACGUUCAGCUCGACACCGACUGAAGAACAAAAGACCCAAUAAUAAUAUGCUCUUGUAUCGUGUGCAUUUUAUUGCUCAACAAAACUAAUGAAAAUAUGUUGAUUGUACGACAGUGUUGGCUGUUAUUUUUCUACUCUGGAAUAGGACUGCCGUUCGCCGGUGUUUAUUCAAUUAAGUACGAGGACGAUUCUAAUAAAACGGUGCAAAGCCGUCAGCUUCAGUCUGGAUUCUUCCCAUCUGAUGUCAAUCAAAACACCAACUACUAUGACAACAAUGCGAACUACAAUGGGAACUACGACGGAAACAAUUUAAACUACAACGGAAACAGCGGAAAUUACAAUGGAAACAGUGGAAAUUACAACUCAAACUACAAUCAAAACACCAAUUACGACCUCAAUUCGAAUAGCCAAUACCAAGGCGGAAAUACCUUACAAUUUCCGAACAAUGACAAUCCAUCAACCAAUUCCCAACCUCUGAACGUGCAAGUUCAACAAGACAACUCCGUUUUUAAUACGGGCGAGUAUUACAAUGUGGAUCAACCGCAGCAAUUCAGCAACAACGACGUACAAUAUUUCGCUUAUCAAGACCCACAAUUAUCAACAUUCGCCAAUAACAAACGACCCGUUACGAGUUACUAUCAACCAUCGCAAGCAUUCCAACCGAAUUUACAGAAUCCACCACCACCUCAAAGAGUAACUCAACGACCAAUUGGCCCAUUCCAACGACCACAACGGCCUCAACGUCCACUGGGACCUGUCAACAACAUUCCACAACCGUCCGGACAUUAUCAACAAAACUAUGCUGGAAAUUUCAACAAUUACCAGACAACAUCGAAUCCAAUUUCGAAUUUCAUCUCGAACAUUGGACAAGGAGCAUCUGACUUUUUUAAUGGAGGAUCGAAUUCAAAUUAUUUUAGCGGACCACCGAAUGGGCCGCCUCAACAAUUCGAUUCAUUCAAUCGUCCGAUUCGGCCGAAUGGUGGAAGACCACCACCAGGUGGCCAAGGACCAUUUGGUACCAUUGAACAGUUGGGCAAAGCUAUCGACGAAAUCACUAGAAACGACGAUUUUCAAUGCAUUCCGAAAGUGAUUUGUCAAAUGUUUGGUAGCCAGCGACAACAGAGCUCGUAUUCAUCGAUCUUAGGAUCGCCAAUAUUUUCUGGGCUCAUAGCAGCAGUCCCUUCAUCGUCAACUGGUUUAGUUUACGGUCGAGCUGCCUUACUGGGAUACUCCUCCGGCGAACAUACAUGUAACGGAGCAUAUCCGAAGUGUCCUAAAAACGAGGACGAUCUGUUGUAUUACUUGAACAAUCACCGUGGUGGCUUCUUCAGAUUCUUUAACGGUGGAGCUACCUUUGGUGACGACACAAACUACAACUAUCAGCACAACAAUCAGCAAAAUCACUACCAGAACCAGAAUAAUCAAUACAAUCAAAACUACAAUCAACAACAGGCUGCGCCGCAACAAUCGGGUCUAGGUAACUUAGCUGCACUCCAAAAUUUGGCUGAUGCUAUCAACCAAAGUGACGGCAUCAAUCUAAGCAAUUUAGCAUCGAACGGAGGAUUGUUAAGCAAUUUAGCUGGAUUAGUAGGUGGAGGAACUGGUGGAGGAAAUGGAGCCGCAGAUCUUCUCAGUCUGAUUGGUGGUGGUGCAGCUAGUGAUGCUUCCGGAGGUGGAGCAUCCGGAAUUUUGAAUAGUUUAAUUUCGGGAGUUAACGGUGGUGCGUCGGCUACUCAGGCAAGUGAUGCUAAUAAUAUUGGACCGAUAAGCCUUCUGGCUGGACUCGCUCAAAAUAAUGGUGGAUCGACGGCGAAUAUUGGUAGUGUGGUAGGAAAUCUGUUGACUGGAUUCAUCGGAAACCGAUUCAGUUCGAGAAAAAUUUCGAAGAGAAGUGUCACAGAAGGGGACAUAGGUAUUGCAAACGAAGAUGGUAAAUCAAACGAAAAGGUCGGUGGAAACAGUACCGAUGAACUGAGUGAUGUAGAACCAAGAAUCAUGAAUGGAAAGUUGCCAAUCUUAUCAGCACUGAACGAACCGUCGAAUUCAAAUUCAAUUAAAUUUACCGAUGAAAAUGAAAAUGUGUAUCGUGACGGGAAACAAAUAAAAUUCGAUGAAAACGAUGUCAACGACGAGAGCAAAAAAUCAUUUUUCAUAUUCCCAUCUAAUGACAUCGGAAAACAAAAUGAAAAUGUUAUUUUCCCAGCAUCGAACGACGCAUUCCGUACAUCCAAGAAAAUUAAAUUUCAACAAACCGACUCGGAUUCACAUUUCUUUCCUGCCAACGGCGACGAUCCUCAUCAAUCAUUGAACGAAAUAAACGAUACACCGCCGUAUCAUCGCAUCAAAAUGGUUUUUCCCGACCGAACCGGUACGGGAAAUUUAAUUUUCGAUAAUAAAGAAUUCGACACCGACAGUACACGAAUCGGAAGAAUAUUGACGGGAUUGCGUGUAUUGCAGCGCUUAGAACAAAUUCAGCAAUUAAAUGGGAACACUAAUCGAAUUCUCUUUGAUGCAACCAGCAACGGUAAUCGAUACGAAAGCAACAGCAAUAUUAAUGCGAAUCCGUUGUACAGUCUUGCACAGUCGAAUAGCGAGCCAUUAUCGAACAGAUACACAACAAAUCAACAGGCCAAUAACCACAGAUUUGGGAAUCAAAAUUAUAACAUCAAUUACAACUCCCAGAGUAGCUACGGUGCAGGUGGUGGUGGUGGUGGAAGGUACGGUGGUGAUGAUGAUGCUAGUCAAAAUGUGUACGUCACUAAUGGACAGGGCGUUGUUGAGUACUACAUCAAUAAAGCCGGUGUUAAGGUUUACGUGUGAAUUAUAAUCUCAUUGCAGCGUAUCAAUGUCGAACAUAUAUAACUCUCUCACCAUAAAAUUAUUGUAAAUCCUUUCAGGUUGCGAUAACAUUGUACAUUUCAUUAUUAAAUGUUUUAUUUUUUACAUAAA